AUGGGAGAGGAGGGCUGGAGGCCACGGCCUCUGCCCUGUGGGAACUCACUCUUUUGGCUGGUGACCCUUUGUUCGUUCUCUUGUGUUCCAGACAUCGAUGAGUGUGGGCCACCCUUGCCAGUGUCCUGUGGAAAAUUUGCAGACUGCCAGAACACAGAGGGGAGCUUCUACUGCAAAUGCAGCUCCGGAUACCUGCUUGCUUCUGGGGCAAAAGCGUUCCGGAGUGAGAGUGAGAACACGUGUCAAGACGUGGACAGAUGUCAGCGGAAACCCAGACUCUGUAAAGGCCGCAGCAUCUGCAUCAACACCCAGGGCAACUACACCUGCAGGUGCCCACCCGGCUUGGAGCUCAACCUGAGCGACCCAAACGUGUGCUCAGAUGUGAAUGAAUGUACCUCGGGGCAAAACCCGUGCCACAACACCACCCACUGCCUCAACAACAUUGGGAGCUAUGAGUGCCGCUGCCUCCCUGGCUGGAAGCCCAUUCCUGGGUCCCCCAAUGGCCCAAACAACACCGUCUGUGAAGAUGUGGACGAGUGCAGCUCCCGGCCGCCUGUGUGCCACAACUCCACAGUCUGCGUCAACACCGUGGGCUCAUACAGGUGCCGCUGCCGCCGUGGCUGGGAGCUCAAACCCGGAUUCCAGGAUAAGCAAACGAACACCACCUGUCAAGAGAUGUCCUUCCCUGCCUGGACCGAACCCCCUGGAAUCAAGAGCCAGAGACUCUCCAACUUCUUUAAAAAAGUCCAAGUUCUGCGCAGAGACUUCAAGCCGGCCUUGGCUCAGGGCACCAUCCAGGUAGGAGCACAACUCAGGAGAAGAAAGAGAACCUGGGCAUCCCAUAGAGGCCUGGGAGGAGGCUGCCCCAUCACCAUGACAGCUUCUCUGAGACCCCGCCCCUCCCACGGUGGGUGGGAGAGCAGACACGCCAGUAUUCACACUGCUGGGCACCCACCUGCGCCCACAAAUGACUUUUCUUCUCGCUGUUUCUGGACAUUGGGCUUUAUGUCAUUCUUGGCAUUUGUGAACAGGGUUGACCAUGAGCGCUGGAUUCCAGGGGCAAAGACCCAGGGAGUCAGCCCCAUGCCGGUGCCCCGAGACUGCGGCCAGGUGUCAGCCCGCCCCCCCAAAAAGAUCGCGAGACGGUGUAGCCUCAGCGUUUCAGGGACCGUGGAAAAUCACAACACACAUCUGGCACCAGGCUUCACCCUCAACGACCUCGUCCCAGCACCAGCGAGUGUGGCCGCCUUCCGGGGUCUGCUGGGACCAGGUGGCCUCAACAGUCUCUACCGAAUGUCCUUCCGGCAGUGGAACCGCUUUUCCCCCAGCCUCUAG